GGUGCAACAUUAUGGCUUCAAACUCGGUACCUUCUUUUUUGACGAAACAGGAGGUGUACCUAUUUCAUGCAAUGGACAGAGAGCUCUACAGCAUUCUGGUGAUCCUUCUCUGUCGCGAUCCAGUGGAGUCUAUGAAGGUUAUGGCCUUGUGGCUCUGGCUGGAGAAGUUGGGGUUUCGAAAUGUUGUGAAGAGGAUGCUGGCUUUACCUCUCAUCUUGAUCAAUGAACUAGCAGAUGAGACAGUCACAUGCCUCAAUGCCAUCAAUGGAACCCUUUUCUCCUACUUAUCCGAAAGCUAUGACAUUCCACUCCUACAAGCCUUUAUGACCAGAGAAAUUUCUGUCCACUUCUUCUAUGAACACCGCCUGGUUGCUGCCAUGGGUAUCGCCGAAGUUGGCAGGGAUGUGUGCGUCAAAGCUUUAAGUGACAUCAUGGCACAUGCCAUUGAAAGAAAUAACCUUGCUUAUCAGAACGCAACAGCAGCAAAUCAAAGCCAGGGGAUGCUAUCACCUUCCAAUAUUCGCCAACAGCCACCGCCGGUGAGAAGAAACGAGGUGCCACCACAGGAUAGGACCAUGUUUGUCACAUUCUCUAAGGGGUACCCAGUUCAUGAGUUUGAGGUGAUACAGUUCUUUACUAGACUUUAUGGAGAUUGCAUUGAGUCUUUGCAGAUGCAGGAAGUGCAGCCUUUUGAGCAAGCACUGUAUGGGAUAAUUGUGUUUUAUUCUGCUAAUACUGUUGAAGCCAUACUCAAUGGUAUGAGCAAGGCAAAGUUCACCAUAAGUGGGAAGCAUGUAUGGGUGAGAAAAUAUGUGGCAAGACGCACAAGGGCUCCUUCGGUUCCACCCAUGAUGUGGCCUCAAAACCUUUGAUCAUAGUUUGUUUUUCUGUGGGGAUCUUUCUAUGGUGGAUUUCUGUUAAAAUAAGUGAGAAAUUAGAUCGCGACUCACGUGGCGUUCAUAGUUUGUGCAGGUUAUGGUUUGUUCUCUGUGACGAUCUUUGUAUGGUGUAUCUGUGUUGAAUAAAUGAGAUUCACGACUCAAUCUUGGGGAAGUAGGGAUCUUCUUGGCAAUUAGUACUGAGAAAGAUAUGCAAUGUACAAGAUACGCAUCGAUUGUUUUGAAUCAUGUCACGUGAUCGAU